UAGAGAAUACGGCAAUACAUUAUUGAGUUAAAUAAUUUCACAAUUAUAUUGAAAUACAGUGUUAAGGAUACGGUAUCAUAUGCUGAACUACACUUUGCUAGCUCACUUGCUAUAAUACUCUUUUGUGCUGAACUAAAGGGCGUUACAAAUAGCUUAUAAUAGCAUAUACGGCACACAAGUUCAGACAUAUUUGGCAGUAAUUGUGAAUAAAACACGUAUUUUAUAUUAAAUUAUUUUAAAAUACAAUUGCCAUGGCCGAAUACGGUAAAGGAAACCAACAACAGUGGCAACCGGCCCAGACUGGACCCGCACCACCUUAUUCUGGACCACAACAGGGGGCUUACAUGCCUGGUCAGGCACCACCACCCGGACAGUAUAUGCCACAACAGGGCACUGUCCUAAUACAACAAACGCCGGCCCCACAGACUGUCGUAGUUUUGGGCGGAUGUCCCACAUGUAGAGUCGGGCAAUUGGAUGAUGAGUUCACAUGUUUGGAUUUGCUUGUUCACAAUGCGUGAAAAGAGAUGUACUAACUGUGGGGCCACUUUUUGAUCACUUGAUUGCAAAAUUCAAUUCAAAACUCAAUUAAAAAUCGUUUUAAAAAUUGUUGAUUUAACAAAAUUUGCGUUUGAAUUUAAUUCUAAUAGUUUUCCAAUAUUUGCCUAUAUCAAUAUAUAAAACAAUUAAGUUAUAUAUAAAUAAUUUAUUCAGUAAAUAUAUUCGUUUAUUUUCGACAAUUGUAAAA